CUGUCGCGGUUCGGUGAAUGGGUGGAUGUCGUCAUUGAUGAUGUACUCCCAACUAAGGACAAUCGUCUCAUGUACGCGAAGAGCAGCACGCCGGGCGAGAUGUGGAGCUCCCUACUGGAGAAGGCCUACGCCAAGGUAAGCGGAGGGUAUUCAGCACUGGAAGGAGGGACGAUCCCCGAGGCUCUGGAGGACUUCACUGGAGGCAUUGCGGAGACGGUCAGUCUGAGCAGACACACCUCAGAGGAUAUCUGGGACUUGAUUGUCCAAUCAGAACAGAGGGGCUUUCCCAUGGCCUGCUAUAUAGAGGUGAGGAGCACAGACAGUAGAAUUGUUCCUCGCACUCCCCCUGAGCUCAUCCCUCUCUCUGUCUCCUGGAAGGUGGGUGAGCGCGGGGUCAUUGGACAGGUGAAUGAGGAUGGACUGGUCCUGGGUCAUGCCUACUCCAUAAUAGGAGCCACGGAGGGGCCCUGA